CUAAAGAGGCAAUUUGUGGAAAGGGGAAGUAUGAGUGAGGUCCCAGAAGGGACUGGAGGAGCUAGUGGGGAGAAGAGCCAGCGGACAGAGAGACGACCCGUCUCCUAACACCACCAGCGUCUGUGGAGACCCGAGCCAAAGCAUGGAUCUGCAGGGAGGAAAAGCUUUUGGACUGCGGAAGGCCCAGCAGGAAGAGUGGCUGGAUGGGAUCAACAAGCAAUUCCUCAGUGACCCCAAAUACAGCAGCGAUGAGGAUUUGCCCUGCAAACUGGAAGCCUUCAAGAAGAAGUACAUGGAGUUUGACCUGAAUGGAAAUGGAGAUAUCGAUAUUAUGUCCUUGAAGCGAAUGCUGGAGAAACUCGGGGCUCCCAAGACCCACCUAGAGCUAAAGAAAUUAAUUAGGGAGGUGUCCAGCGGCUCCGAGGAGACAUUCAGCUACUGUGACUUUCUCAGAAUGAUGCUGGGCAAGAGGUCCGCCAUCUUGAGAAUGAUUCUGAUGUAUGAGGAAAAAAACAAAGAACAGCAGAAGCCAACGGGUCCCCCAGCCAGGAAAGCUAUUUCUGAGUUGCCCUAAUUAGAGGCGAAGGGGCUUCUAAUGACAGCAGCAUGGAAAAGAAAAAGUCAUGAGCCAGAGCCAAACUAAAUAAAUGAUGCUCCCGCACCAGGCUAA